GAGUAAGAGGGCGGGAGGAAUUGGAGCAAACAUGACAUGAGGAGCGCACUAAAAACAAGGCACUGUGUUCACACUCUCGCAUAUACCUGCACUAAUCGGAGAGUAGGUGUUUUCAAAGUGGCGGAUAGUGUGUAUGUGUGUGUGACAGACAGAGAGAGAGCGCCAGCAAAGCGGACUGUUGGAGUGUGUGUGUGUUCCCUUUGGAUUCUGUCGCUUUUAGCGUAAAAGCCUUUCAUCUUGCAGUCAACUGCAGAGAGAACAGAGAGAGACGAAGGGAGGGAGAGCGAGGCUCCCCAAGAGACUGACACACUGAGGUAGACGGGCCGACCUACAUCCUGCUGUUUACGUGGAGAUCUAGGACACCUCUCCGCCAGCUUAGCUCAGUGCGCUGUUCUUAUGCUAAACCUUUAACAACCAGGUAAAGCAAGAAUAAAAAAAAAACAGAAAUUGAAAGACUCAUCAGAACCACUUUGGAUCUGUAAUACUCUGAGGAGCCCAGACACUGAACUGAGAACCCUUCAAGUGGAUAAAUGAAGGUUGCUAAUCCUGAGCUCCAGUUGUCUUUAUCUUUUUGGCUAAUUUGGACACUUGAGUCCUUUCCUGGCAUAAAUAGACCACAUUUACAAUAAACAGACAAAGAACCUUGAGGACAAGGUGUUUUCAUCACCACCCCAACCUCCCCUCCCCUUCUGACCUAAUUCUUCAAUCAGUUAACCAAGCAACAUUUCAAACUGGCUGCCACUAAACAACAAUGGAAAAUCUAACGUCAGCUCUUAAAACAUUAAGCAAAAACUCAGGGAAUAACCUAAACUGCCUUGAGACCUUCAGCAGUUAUGAAGAGUCUUCUGUCCAAGGGACUCCAGCUCGUAUGGGGCGUCUCAUCAAACCCAAGCCCAACAUGACCUGCAGGCGAAAGCGUGAGUUCAUUUCGGAUGAGAAAAAGGACGCCUCCUACUGGGAGAAACGACGUAAAAACAACGAGGCCGCCAAGCGCUCCCGGGAGAAGCGACGUCUCAAUGAUAUGGUUCUGGAGAACCGCGUCAUUGCACUGAAUGAUGAGAAUGUGAGGCUGAAGACAGAGCUGCUCCAGCUGAAGCUGCGCUUUGGCUUAAUAAGCACUGCUUCCUACAUUGAAAAGAGCCAACAAAUUGGUGGAGGCAGCAACACGGGAAAUGGAGGCUCCUCCUCCUCUACUCAGUACUACUCCAGUGGUUACUCAAGUGGUUCUCAGGUGAUGGUGAACUCUGACUCCUCCGAAACAGAGCAGUCGGGACGCAGUGAAGGCCACAGGCAGCUGGUGAAAUACUCCCCACGUGGCUCCCUCUCUGACAUGUCUGAUGGCUCCUCCAGGGACAGCCCAGAGCCUAUCCCCUUUGAAAUCAAGCAGGAAGGAGACAGGUUGGAGAUGGACAUCGCGAAUGGCACCACCACCCAGAUCAUGUUUAACAUCCACCGUGGUCUGGCCUCUGUACCCACACACCACCAGAUCCAGCAGCAUUCUCAGGAGCUAGAGGCUGCAUAUCACAGCCAAGAGCAACAGCAGCAGCAGCGCCUUCACCAACAAUCCCAACCCCAUCAGGAGCCCGUUACCUCUAUCAACACUGUCAGCCAGGCUGCUUCUCAUCCACCUGCUGCCCAGAGGAGCGUCAUUCUGUAUGGUGCCAGCAGUGCCUCUUAUCCUGUGGACACCUUGACCAGGACACAGGAUGUCGAUCUGCAGAACCAGAGCAGCACCAGCAGCCAGAUGUGUGUCCGCCAACAGUCCAUUACAGAGAGCACCACAGAAACAGUGGCUGAGGUGACAAAGCAGCUAGAGAGGAAGACGUUAGAUUCCCCUCCAUAUGAGCUCUCAGACUGCCAUAAUGAGGCGAGAGAGAGACAGGUGUACAGAGUUUGCCAACUUCCCCAGCAGCAACUGCAGCAGGAGCAGCAGCAGCACCAGCAGGAGAGUGAUUCAUCUGCGGAGCUCCACCACAAACAAGUGGAGGGGGUCAACCACUCACACUUGUACCACCAUCUCCAGCAGCCUCAUUCAUACCUCAGUGCACAAGAUGAGGAGCCACCUGUGCUUAUUUAUGAGGGCGGGCCCAGGCGUGAGGCUUAUUACCAAGGCCAAUCAAGCUCCUCUAACAAGGACACCACAUCUAGUGAAGGAGAUCCCUGCAGUCCUGAAAAAGAGGCCUCUACAGAUGAUGAUGAGCCUCCCUCUUCGUCAUGCUCAGAAAUGGGCAGCUUCCACAACCAACAUCUUACCAGCAUCCACCAGCCUGCCUCGCCUCUGCCCUCCUCGCAGGCCUGCUCUCAGGCCCAGUGCUGGGACCCUCAGGGGGAGGUGAGGGGAACUGCUCUGCCCCACAAACUGAGACUCAAACACCGGGCCAUGAGCACCGGGAGCAGCAGUGGCAGCAACUGUUCCGGACAUGAGUCCCCAACCACUCCCCCCUCCGCCACGCCGCCUCCCCUCCCCCAGCAUCCUUACUUGUCCCUGACGCCUCCACAGAACUUUAAGCAAGAGAGCUCAGGUGGAGCUUGUAAACAGGUGGCCUCAAGGGAGGGGGCCAGGAAGGAGGGUGGGAAGAAGGAGACAGGUGGACGAAGGAACAAGAGGCGAGAUUAGGUGACAUUCACAUUUAGUUGUUAUCACAACUUCAGUGAAUGACACAAUUUCUCAUCUAAGAACUACCCUGCCAUCAUGCCUUUUGCCCUAUAAUUGAAUCCCCUCUUUCAGCACUUGGGACAGGAAGCUUGGUUUUUCUACUCCACUACACCCCCACCCCCACCCCACCCCUCACCCCCCAGUAAGGCUGAUCAUCUUGUAGGGCUGUAUUAUAUUUGUAUAUAAUGUACAGAUUUGUCAUUUCUUAUGUCCUCUCCAUAUUUACAGAUGCACUUUUGUUUAUGCGAUGAGAAGAGGAAUGGAACUGCCCACUUUUUCUACUUUUGUCAUCCAACAAUAUACAGCUGAGUACAUCGGUGAAAGCACAUUUUGAUAAAAAAAAAAAAGAAAAAAUAAUGUAGAAAAAUAAAGACUUCAGGCUUUAUCAGUACUAAAAUUUUGGUACAUAUCUGACUGUAGACAAGCAUGCACGUGUAUGGCUAUCUGCCUUAAUUAAAAUCAAAUGCAAACAUAUACUGGGGACAUUCCCUCGACCAAAGAAGCACCAACAAUAUUGUCAAUAAGUUCCAUACCUCUUCCCAGACCCUACCUCUACCACCCCAUACUCUCCCCAUUCAUUUCCAUUAUUUCAAAAAAGAUCACCAUCACCUUUAUUUUUUAAGCACUUGGUUUGUAUAUUACUGUGAUAUAUGAAUAUAUGUAUCUAUUUUAAACCUAUAUUUUAGAAACAAAUUUGAAUACAAAUUCAACAAAAAAAACAAACAAAAAAAAAAAAACGCGACAAAUCUUAAGCGCGACGGGAGGUUUCUGAAAGCGACUCUCCUGUUACAAAUCUACAGUCUCAUCGUCUACUGUGGCUACAGGACCCAUUCGAUUAAAAUCACCUCACUCUUGAUUGUUGAGCUUUAGCAUUUAGGUAGUUAACGCCUAGUUUACACGGAAAUGGCUGUCCAGUCUGACGCGCCAACAGCACUGAAUGGAGAACGCGUUGUUCCCUGAGGCAAAGGCCUCAUUAAAAAAAAAAAAAAAUGCUUGGAUUUACUUACCUUUAACCAGCCUUUAAAUAUUCGGUGGACUUCACCAGCUGCAGGCUAUGAGCCUUUAGUUUAUUUGAGCUUUAUCGACCAUAUCUUCUUGUUGUUACCAUUCACUGGCCCAAUGUAUUUAUUGCCCCCUCCUCCCCACAUGCCCAUCACUGUAGAAAAGCCCACGGGAACAUAGAUGGGAGAAUGUGUACAGAUCUUUUUAGAUGCAUACUGCAGCCUUGAGUUUGAACUUUCGUGUAGGCAUGGGAUGCUUGGGGGAGGCCCAAAAGCAGGAGGAAUUAGGUCACAUUCUUAUGAAACACACUACAGUGCACUGAGUCUAAAAGUUCCUCCUGCGUAAACACCUAAAAAGAGAGCCCUCUGCGACUACUGUUUAAUUAUAUUGUCAUGAAAUGUGGUUUUGUAGUGUGACCAAACGUGGCCUUUAUGGCCUAUAUUCGAUCCUACAUAACUGAGUUAUCACGGCUUAUAAGCUGAAGCCAUAGCAGAGUUCUCUAACUCUCUGGAUGAGUUAAAGCUCCUAAAUUUAUGAAGAGGGGGGGCCCUCCCUUGUUUCCCAUGUUCCUCCGUCAUUCAUUUCAGGGGUUGCUCAUGGUAGUUCUGCCACUGGGCAGUGCUGAAUUGCCUUCACUGGAUUCUAGUUUAAAAAGUCUAUGUACCAUGUUUGGCUUUUUGGUGCUUGUGUAUAAAUGUAAAGUUUCCCCUCCCCACCCUCAAACAACACUGUAAUGUUUGUUUCAUUGGUUUUAUAUCCUUUUUUUUUUUUAGUCAAGGUGAUGUUCUCUUUUCCUCUAUACUGUGUCUUUCUUUCCUACUGACUGUGAUGACAUGUAUUUGCCUCAUCUCCCCCCUCCCCCCCACCACCACCAUUUUCAGUGUGUAUUAAUCAGUAAUGUUUGUGGUUUUGCUGAUGGUUUUAAUGAAAAAAGACCAGGACAAAAAAAAAAAAAGAACAGACAAAGAUGUGCGGUGUGUAGAGACGAGUGGCGGUUGGUCUGGUUGGUCAUUACCAUCGCUUCCUUUUGACAUAUGUAAAGACACUAAUGUUCAUUGUGGAAGAUGGGAGCAUUUCAAGAUAAAUCAAAUAAAAAAAAUAAUGUUGACCUGUCAA